AUGGCACAAAAUCAGCACGAGACACAGUCCCUUGAAGAGAAUCAGCCACCAGGCACUUUUCUCCUUAUCCAAAAUGAGACUGAAGGACGCGGGAAUAAUGACCCCCAGAUUAUCCUGCAGCCCGUGCCAUCGAGGGACCCCAAUGAGCCACUGAACUGGAGCACAGCGCGAAAAACAAUGAACUUUACCCUCGUCCUCGCAAUCACGGUGGUGGUGUUCACAACUCUCUCAAUCCAGGUAAUAUUCUGGCAAUUGAUGGUGAAAGACAUGAACGUCACCUACCCGCAGCUCAACAAGGCCAUGUCCGUCAACUUCGUCGGUCUCUCGGUUGGCUGCAUCCUCUUUAUCCCGUUGGCGAAGAAGCUUGGCCGCAGACCGGUGUACCUGGCUUCGACGGCGAUCAUGAUGGCUGCCUCGUUUUGGUGUGCGUCGAUGAAGUCCUUGCCGGAGAUGUAUAUUGUCAAUCUGCUACACGGGCUGGCGGGGGCGACGAAUGAGUCUAUUGUUCAGAUUACGGUUGCCGAUCUUUUCUUUGUGUAUCACCGCGGGGGAAUGAAUGCAUUAUAUAUGACCAUGGUUAUGAUUGGGAGCUUCCUAACUCCCAUGGGUGCUGGGACACAAGCCACCCGUGAAGGAUGGCGGGCUUCCUAUCGCGCACUGGGUAUUGUGGACGCUGUUCUAUUCGGCCUUUUUAUACUUUUCUACGAGGAGACCAAGUAUACCCCAGUAGUCAUGGGCGUGAGCAGCGAUUCACAGCCUUCAACCAGCCAAAGCAUAUCAACCAAGGACAUCAAAUCCGACCAGCAGCCGGAUAUCGAGUGUACCAGGAGACAGGAAUCAAACCACGAGCUAGACACCACCAUUCCACUCAAGACAUGGAGACAGAGACUGGCACUGGUGACAUACACCGCAGAGCCAAUCUGGCCAUACAUCUACCGGCCCUUCGUGGUCUUAACCACCUUCCCCGCUGUUCUAUUCUGUGCCCUGCAAUAUGCCCUCGGUAUUGUGUGGCUGACUAUCCUAUCCAGCGUCCUGGGCCUGGUGUUUCCCCUGCCCCCGUACAACUUUACGCCACAGCAAGUCGGGUUUAUGAGCAUUGGUCCGUUCGUCGGAAACCUGCUGGGGUCAAUCUAUGGGGGAUUUCUCGGCGAUAGAUCUAUCUUGUUCUUUGCGAGACGGAACAGCGGGUACUAUGAGCCGGAGAUGAGGUUGUAUAUCCUGCAUCUCCCGGCAUUGACGCUGGCCGGGGGGUUGAUUAUGUUUGGAGUCACGAUUGACCGGGGCCUCCACUGGAUCUGGCCCAGUAUAGCAGGCGCCCUAUUCGGCUUCGGACUAGGCAGUAUAGGCGAUGCGGCACUGACACUGGUUAUCGACAGCUACCGCGACAUAACCGGUGACGCAUUCACAGGCGUCGCCUUCCUGCGCAACGCAAUCAGCAUCGGGAUCCCGUUUGCGAUUAGUCCGUGGUUAGCGCGCUCCGGGGCGCAGGAUAUGUUUAUUGCAUGUGGGUUUAUCAGCCUGGCUGUUACGUUGACUGUUAUCCCGAUGGUUCUGUAUGGCAAGAAGAUGCGCGUGGUGACGGCGAGACGGUAUCAGGUUAUGGCGUUGGAGUAG